AAGCUUACUUUAUAUAUAUUUUUAACAUCAAAACAAGAUUAACUUUAAAUAGGGCAUCAGAUGAGUCCUGUUUAUAUAUUUUUUGUUUAUUUUGGUUCAUAGGUAAUGUAAACAAAAGUCUAGUAUAAAUCAUUCCAAUACAUCUGAGCAGCAGGCCUUUCCCUUGUCAUCUUUUUUCCUAAGUGAUGUGGAUAUUUUUUAGGCUCCUCCCCUAGCCAAAGAAUAUUCCAUCUAUUUGAGACUACCUUCAUACAUCAAAUUGCAGUCUUAUCUGCUUACGGGUUGAACACAUAGAGCAUGAUUUAAUGUAAUGAUGUUUGCAGUAGUAAGUGAGCAUUGCAGCACCUCUUUAGCAUCUGAAAGAGAGGGGAUUUGUUUGUUUGGUUUGCAUAAUUAGGCCCUUGAAAAGCACAAAUGUAAAUAAUACAGUAAAGUACACUUGCCUUCCAGGCAGGGACUGCAAAUUGUGGAGAUAAAGAGAUUAGCUGUACAGAUUAGUAUCUGUGAUCUUUUAAAAUCGCUUACCUAAGUAAAUAGCAUUACUCUUGGCAUUAACUUUUUUGCAAACAACACAGUAGGUUUUAGUAGGCCAUGGAAGACAUGCAACAUGACGGUUUCCCAGAGAUGAGUUUCCAGUGAGACUCAAGAGCAGUAAGCAAUAAAUAAUUAUAGUACCACUAGACCACAGCACAAUGUACAUGCAUUGUAUAUACUCGCACUGUAGGAUUUAUAAUCUGAUUUUGGUUCCUGAGGCACAGUUAGAUAAAUGCCUUCAAAGGGUCAAUAGGAGGUGAACACAGGGACUAAACACAAGCUUCACAGUUAAAACCCAGUCAUAUAGCCAGUCAUUCCUUAUGUCUGACGACACAGUCUGCAACUUUUGACCAUGCAAUUCUAAAAAAUGUAAGGCUUUUCUACUUUGGUAUCUUGCUUCCUACUAAAGCACUUUUUACAGCAAGAACAACCAUAAAGGAACUCGGUGUUGACCACCAAGGAGAAAUCAUGUACGAAGUGUCUUAUAACUUAGUUUCUUUAUGGUGUCAUCAUAGAUAUAGCAGUUGUUUCUAUACUGGGAACCUAUUAUUUAUUUAAAGCCUAAAAUGCAGGGUACCAUCUCUAUUUAAUUUCUGAAGGUCAGUGUCUAGCUAGAAGAAAGAGUACUAUCAUAGAGUACUUCCCCCCCAAACCAGACUAGGCAAGUGAAAGCAAAACAGAAUCCUUGCUAAGUAGCUGGCUACCAGAAUUUUAUAAUUGACAAUAAUAUAGUUUCCUAAGGCCCUAGAAUUUCCUUUUAUAUUUGUUUCAUGUGUAGCAAUCAUUACUAAUCUCUCAAACUAAUAUAAUAAUUGUGACAGGAUAAUGCUGCAGCUUUCUACAUAGCUCCAUGGUAUCUAUAUUUAGCCUGAAGAGUUCAUUUUAUACUUAGAUGUUCUGGGUUACUUGCUUGCAACCAUCAUAUUUUAUUCACUGUUCAGACUGGUUACUAGGGGGUUACUGCCUGGUAUCUACAGUAUACUAGAUGUUAAAGUCUGAAUUGAUCCAUUGCUUUUAAGAAAACCAAGAUCUAACUCAUUAGUCAAUCCCAUCUUUGCCUCUAUGCAUUUAAGUAUUUUUUUGUCAUGUAGUGCUGAUGUAAAUAUGCUUAUACACAGUUGCAAUAUCAUAUGACUCAUUUUAAAUGAGAAAGAAAGUUAAAAUCACUGACUGGAGCCAAAUGUCGGGCACCCCCAGUGAUUAUAAUAGCUUACCUGGUACCCCAAGCUGGUGCUUCUGUUAGCUGAAAACUAGGUUAUUUCUGUAAAAGCUCACAGCUGCAAUCUUCUUUCUAUUCUGUCUCUUUUUCUCUGGGCCUGGGCAGGUCCAUGCACAGUAGAGUGAAAAAGCUGUCUUUUUGCAUUUAAGUCUGUGCAUGCGCUUCCUGUUCCAGAAUGGAGAGUAGAUGGAAGAAGCAGGAAAACACGAUGAUAGUGGACUCUACAGAAAUACCCCAGGCCUGUGCAGUUUUUUGCCAAACCGAGCAUUGCCCUUGGGUAUCAGAUAUGGAAUGUGCAGAUGUUCCUCUUCUGACUCCGAGUAGUAAAGAGAUGAUGUCUCAAGCUCUUCGUGCUACUUUUAGUGGCUUUUCCAAGGAGCAACAACGUUUAGGGAUCCCCAUUGAUCCCAGAGAAUGGACAGACACACAUGUGAGGGAGUGGGUCUCAUGGGCAGUGAAUGAAUUCACUCUGAAAGGAGUGGACUUCCAGAAGUUUUGCAUGAGUGGAGCAGCAUUAUGCGCCCUGGGGAAGGAAUGCUUCCUAGAACUGGCACCAGACUUUGUGGGAGAUAUCUUGUGGGAGCACUUGGAAAUAUUACAGAAAGACUCAAAACAAUACCAAACUAGUGAAAUAACCCCAGCAUACCCAGAAUCAAGAUACACUUCAGACUACUUUAUCAGUUAUGGAAUUGAACAUGCACAGUGCGUUCCACCCUCUGAAUUCUCUGAACCCAGCUUCAUCACAGAGUCAUACCAGACCCUGCAUCCCAUCAGCUCAGAAGAGCUCUUGUCUUUGAAAUAUGAGAGCGACUACCCUUUAGGACUGCUGCGUGACCCCCUGCAGCCUGAAUCUCUUCAAGGCGACUACUUCACCAUCAAACAGGAGGUAGUGUCUCCAGACAACAUGUGCCUGGGACGCAUCAGUCGUGGAAAACUUGGAGGGCAGGAGUCCUUUGAAAGUAUUGAGAGCCAUGACAGCUGUGACCGCCUCACUCAGUCCUGGAGCAGCCAGUCCUCCUACAACAGCCUUCAACGUGUGCCAUCUUAUGACAGUUUUGAUUCUGAGGACUACCCACCUGCUUUGCCCAGCCAUAAAUCCAAAGGCACUUUUAAAGACUAUGUAAGGGACAGAGCAGAACUCAACAAAGACAAACCCGUCAUCCCUGCUGCUGCUCUCGCUGGCUACACAGGAAGUGGACCAAUCCAGCUGUGGCAGUUUCUCCUGGAGUUGCUGACAGACAAAUCGUGCCAGUCCUUUAUUAGCUGGACAGGUGAUGGCUGGGAAUUUAAACUCUCUGAUCCAGAUGAGGUUGCAAGACGCUGGGGCAAGAGGAAAAACAAGCCUAAAAUGAACUAUGAGAAGUUGAGCCGUGGACUGCGCUAUUACUAUGACAAAAAUAUCAUUCACAAAACAGCAGGAAAGCGCUACGUCUACCGUUUUGUCUGCGACUUACAAAGUCUUCUUGGAUAUGUGCCGGAAGAACUGCACGCCAUGCUUGAUGUUAAACCAGACACUGAUGAAUAGAGUUUAGUAGAUUUAAGUUUGGAGCCUAGAAAAAAAAUAAGACAACCCACAAACCCCAAGCUCCAAUCUCUGCGCCACUUUUUUCACUCCUGGAUGUGCAGGAUUUAUAUGAAGUCUUUCAGCGUAAAGGAUAUAACUGGGAAACAGACACUGCUUCCUUCAUGAGUGGGCCUUGGGAUAAUGUUUGAAGUUGGUUACCCUGCAUUACCACUGCCAAGGAAAAGCCUGGGCCUUUCCGCACCCUACUUUUUAUGCAGAACAGGAAGGAGAGCAAUUUGAUUGCUUACUUUAGUAACCAUUUUAUUUCCAGAUGUUGUGCCAGUAUGUCAUAUAUUUUUUUUUUCUGAAUUAGUGGAUUUUUUUGCUUCAGUUCUUGUUUCAUGUGUAGCCAGCUUUUAUCAGCAGAUGCAAACUGAUACCAAUUGUCUGACAGACUACAAAAAAAGAAGGAAGUGUGUUAAGAAAACUAAUGAAAAGCACACAAAGAUUUCAUAGGUCCAACAGCUACAAAGAUUUUUAUGACUUCAUUUUGCGGAGCCAUAUUGCUGGAACAAUUAAUCAGCUUGAUUCAAGCCAUAUCUGAGCAUAGUUCUGAUGUAGAGGUAUUGGUUUAAGUGCUCCUUUGUGUCCACGUGGCUGAAGAGAUUUUUAGAAGUGCUUCAGCUUUCUCCAGGACACAAAUAGUAGUAACCAAAUAUAUUCCUUCCCUGCAUGUACCUUGAACUUCUAUUUUGAGGAGCGCAUCUUCAGAAUAUGCUCUCCUCCUUUUACUUAAUUGCAGUGUUUGCUGAGCCACACCUAAAUGGUUGCGCUGAAGUCCCGUACACCAUGCUAAACAUUCCCAGAAUGUAUUUUUUACAGAUAAGAGAAUUAUAUGCGUGUAUAUAUUUUAUAAGAAACUUUUUAUGAAAAGGUUGUACAGAUAUAUUGUCAGUUGUAUGUGUUCUUUUUUUUUUUUCACAUAAGUGCCAAAGAGGAAGUUGAUUUACAUACAAACAGGAAGAGGAUGGGCAGCCAACACCAUUCCAGCAGUCGCAGAACACUGAUGCCAGACAAUACUACUGCUCAGCUAGUGUGUUAAUGCUGGGAUUGUGGUUCUGUGGCAGUUGGCAUGCUAAGGCAACCUAUCCCUGAGCUAGGACAAUCUUAAAGUAGUUGAUAAUACCUUCAGGGAUGAAAUGUGCAAUGAAAGCUGCAGAGGUUCAUUAAGCUGACCACUUCAAACGAGUUACUCUUUUAAUGAAAAGCACAUUUAAAGGGAAUGUAUAGCUAAAGUGCCAGUUGCUCUUUUAACGUAGCUUAUACUGUUACAUUUCCAGCUGAUGAGAAGAAAUGUGCUUACUUCUAACUGGUGAAAAGCAGCCCAUGAAGAAGUUGUCAUUGGGCAAGCAAACAUUUAUACAUCAGGCAGUUUAUCUCACAAAAGUAUGAGUGUUCGCUAUAGUUUUCAUUUCAGAGAACUUUAAACAUACAGCAUUCCUCAGCUUUGUCAGUUAUACAGAUAAAAAUGGAGAGAAGCAUGAUAGAUGGUUGUUCACUGUUAUUCCUUCCUCCUGACAAAACUUUAGCCAAUUGUCUGACACCAUUGAUUUUUAGGGCAGUAAAGGCUUGUCCCUUCUAUAAAUUAUUUCUGAAAGCCUGCAGGCAAAUGACAGAAAAUCGUUAUCCAUAGAGAGCUAGAAGGACUGCAUUUAUGGCCAUAUUGCAUGGAGCAUAGAUAAGAGUUAAUUAUAUGAAAAGAUAACAGAACAGCAUUAGAUGUUUGUAUUCAGUUUACCAGCUCUCAGUUCAGGUCAAUAACCUUUUUUUUUUUUUUGUUCACAUUAUCGGUAUGUUUAUAGUUAUGAAGAUUAGAAGAGUUUAACACUCAUGCCUUUCAACUCAGAACACAUUGGGGUUUUUAGCAUUAACUUUGCUUUCAGUUUGAAUAGGCAAUUGCCGUGCCUUUCCCAGUGAUAAAACCAAAUGUCCUUUAUAUCUAGCACAUAUUUUCAACCAUUCAUUAAAAAUGUUCUUUCUAAUACGAAGUCUAAUAUGAAGCCUCAGGCGCUAUGUAAAUAGAUUUUUUUUGGAAAUAGUCCUUUAUUUUGGAAGUUUAAAUUUUAAGAAGCAAUUGAUGUAACAAAACAACAGUUUAGAGGUUCCUUUUUUACUUUUAAUGCAGAAAGUUUUUUUCCCCCCUUCAUUCUAUCCGUAUGGUUAUAUUUUCAAACCUUCACAGUGUUAUUUAUGUAAAGUGCCUUCUCCAAAAGACUAUGGAAUAGGUGACUCAAUCUUUAUUGGGGGGUCAGAUGUCAGAUGGUCCAAAUCAUUUUCCAUUUGGUGACAAAAGGAUGGACAUUUCAACUGACUGAGGGCUGCUAAAUACAUUCCACUUGGUCUUAACCCAUUUUAACUGAAUAUUCCUGUUACAUAAAGUAAAAUCUUUAAUCAACCAAUGGAUUUGAAAGGGGCUUGUACAUUCUCAGAUUUAUUUCUAGUUUCUGUUACAAGAAAAUAUUUUUAUUUAAAGCACCAGUUCCUCAUGCGAGUUAUCAAAAAAUAAACAUCUUCUAAUGAUAUCCAUACAACGUUUGUUUCUUUGCUAUUUGGUGUUUUGAUUUCUCUUUUAAUAAAUAUUUUUGAGUCUAUAUUUAACAUUAUCUGUAUAGUGUAGGCUGGUGCUUUAAAACUCAGCUGUGCAUCAUUAGAUAGGGAAACUGCUUAGUCUUAUCACUGAAGUAAAUUGAUAUCAUGAUGACACACACUGGCCAAAUUUGCCCCACUGCCAUUACCCACGCUAACCAAUAAGAGUUUACUCGCAUGUAACCAGAUGAAAGAUAACCAGAUGAAAGAUACUUGCUGAUUUGUUGCAAUGGUUAUUGCAAAGUUAUUAAAUGAGCCCCACUGUUAUGUUUCUUGGCAAAGUAAUAUUUUUCUACCAGGCUAGGGGCCACAUCUUGUAGAACAGGAAAAGCAACACAUUUAUAUCUCGUGCACACGGUCAUAUUUAACCUGCAGUAAAAGGACCAACUAAAAUGGAUCGUUUAACAUUAUAACCUUUAUGUGGCUGUUCACACAAAUGUCUGUGAUUGUUGGAUGGCGUUGUAAACUUGCAUUCAACCUGAUCAGCAGGGCAGACCAUCACACCAUUCCUUCAUUUCUAUUCCAUGACGUGACACUUUUUGAACAUCUGAUCGAGUCAAUCACUCUAAAACUCUCUUGUAAUCAUGCAAUUCAACAGUAUCAGAUUCUCAUGCUUCAACCUCUCACAAAGUAGCCAAUGUCAAUGCAGCUCAGCAAUUUUGAAUGCUUAAAUAUAAGCUACAGAUCUGCAUAAUAUGCUUCAGAACAGUUGUUGAAGAUACAGUAAUAUAAUUCCCAAUUAAUACAUUCUCAGUUUAAGCUAGACUUCUAGUGUUACUCUUCCUUAUGAGGCCAACACUUUUAUUUUAUUAUAAAGACCACAAAAAUAUGCCAGUAAAACUUUUGCAAUGAGAGGCAGCAAUGGCUCUUUGUUAUGGCCAACAGCAUUAAAGUACCAAAUGAAUGUUGAAGUUCUAGAUUAUCCGAUACUUUUAAUCAUGUAGUAUUGCUGUGUUUAUCUGCUCUCUUGUUGCACAUGCCUUUGAUCUAUUGAUAUGAAUGCAAAAAACCUUUCUGUUUUUAGACCAUAUUCUGUUUUACUGAGCUUUAGAAGACACCACUCAACUGUACAGUGUAGGUGUUACAAAUAUUGGCCAAACACAGGUUGAAAUCAAGAAUCCAAUGGCUAAAAAGACUUGACUACCAAAUUUCAAGGAAAUAAACGCUAGAAAAAAUGACCCAGGACAUUGUUUUUGUUUUAUUUGUAUAAAGACUAUGGCUAAUAUAGCACAUUGUUCUAAACAAAGAGUGUUCUCCUUAACUUCUGCUGACUAAAGACAGUGCCAUGGUUUCUUGGAUAAGCUUAAAAAGAGUGUAAAUAUCUUACAUUCUUUGGCAUCCACCUGCUAAUGAUUUUCUACCGAAGAUUUCCACGUAGGUACAUUAUUUGUCAAUAUUACUGCUAUAUUAGCUCUGGUGAAUUACGAUUAGCUACUGAAAUCUCAACAUUUAAACCUGUGUUAGUAAAAGGCAUUACUUUAUGAUAUUGCUUGUAAAGGGUUUUGGUUGUUAGUCUGCCCCUUAUGGUGCUUUUCUAUUUGUCUGUGUUCCCAUGCAAGGAAUAGCCAUGCUGGAAGCUGUGAUCACUUUAGAUAAUCACUGCAAAUCUGACAUCCAUGAUUCUUAUGGUUUACAGUUGUGAUGAUAGGCACUUUGCUAUAUAUUUGUAUGGUUUGAGUCCUUGUUUAUAUGAAAAAGAGAGAAAAUACUGAAUCAUCUCCCUCUAGGGUCUCACAUUGAUGUAGGGAACUAGUAGAACAUGCACAGCAAUAAACAGUUACAAUGAAUAGUCCUGUAUUAGAUUUGUAUUGAUAUAAAUACGAAAGACCACAACAUUAAAUGUAUUUGGAGGAUUGUACAAUUAAAAUGUGGUUCCUAUUAUUUUUAUAGUGACCACAGGACUCCACAAUCACUUCAUAAAUCUAAAAAGUAAAAUCUUGCUGCUGUUGUACUACAAUGGCAUGAUUUUGACUCUUGGAGAACGGGAGAACAUACAUUUGAGUUGAUUGCUGCAUUAUUCCUGAUACAACAUAAGUGCAUUUGUACAUUUACAACUUCUUCACUAUCAAAUUGAAAAAGCUCUUUCUGGAUAAAGGCAGAAACCUAGCCUGUUCAUAAAGACCAUAGACAAUUACCAUUUGCAUAUUUAAAGGCACAAGUAGGUGCAACCCCCCACAUAAUUCAUAAUUGGGCACCCCAUUGUCCAGCCACCCAAUCAGUAAGUUAGCCCCAUGGAAAGGCUACAGUCUUUGCACAAAUGAUUAUUUCAAAUUCUAUACUGCUAUCCUCUGUACCAAAAAUGAUAGGCACAAUCAUUGGAUUAAUGCAUUCAAUCUAUUAUUAUUUGAAAUCACAGAAUAGAAAAGUGUAGAAUCUGAGUGUUGAGUGCACAGAAAAAAAAGAAUAAGACCGAAAUACAAAGCAUGUGAUCAAGGCAGUUGGACAUUAAUGUAAAUCGCUUGCAUGGCAUUUUGUUGAAAGAAUGUGGUGUACUCAGGAAGUUUAUGUAUACGGUAUUGCAUUGUAUUUUUUGAUGAUAGGUUUGCCAUUACUGUGAGGUUCAAUGUACAGAAGUAGCCCUGGCAGGGUAAGCCUUAUUUAGGUUAAACAGUUUAUUUCUUGUAGCAAUACAUUAUCUGUUGCGUGCCUUAUUAUAGAACAAUUAUCAUUUAAGUGCCCUAGAAUAUCCCUCUGAUAUAUAAGCUUAUAAAAAAAAAAACUGAUGCACAUUUUGUUCUUUAGAAUUAGCUCUAGUAAAGCUUUUUUUAGCUUACUAUAUAGGACUAAAACAUAUAUAGAAUCCAAAGCAAACGGCAGCAGUAAGUAUAUUUUGGGUGGCCAGCAUCCUCUGGAAACAUUCUCAAUAACUCUUAUCAUUGUGCAAUUGAUAUCAUUUGGUUUGCUCCCUGAUGCCAAGGGGAAGUCAGUGCCUGA